GCAGCGCGCGUCCCGGAAGUCAUUUUUUACGCUUCGUUUACUACUUGGGGGGAUCCUUGUGAUGGUCUGGUCUGGACCACUUUGUGUUCGGCUGACUCCAAUCCUCUUUGAGAAGACACCUAGGCACAUCAGAAAUGGAGCCAGUGACCUCUGAGGAUGUUGCUGUGAACUUCACAGUAGAAGAGUGGGCAUUGUUGGAUUCUACUCAAAAGAAGCUCUACAGUGCUGUGAUGGAAGAAACAUUUUUAAACCUGAUCUUCAUAGAGAAAGCACUAGAAGAAAAUAUUGAAGAGGACUACAAAGAUCUCAGCAGAAAUACAAGAACUCUGGUGAUUGAGAAAGACUGUGGAUAUGAAUGCAAUAGUGAGUGUGAUAAGAACCAGAAACCUAUUACAGAGACUAUCAUCAAUAAAGACGUGCACCCAGGAGUAAGAGUUCAUCAAAGUUCAUUGCAUGUAAAAAACAUCAUUUGUCAUUCAUCCUCACAUGGGUAUCUCAGAGAACAACCUCGAGGGAUACGAUCUGUAUGUAAGGAAGCUAUGGCAAAAGACUUUAUACAUCAGAAACAUUGGAAACUCAUUAGUCAUUCUGAAUCACCUCUGGAACUGGAAACUUCUCCUAAGGAGAAACCCUGCAAAGAUCAACAAUGUAGUGAGUCCUGUAGGAGUCUCUGUUUUGAUCAGCCUCAGGAGAGAGCUCACACUGGAGAUAAACUCAAUGAGAAUGACUUAACAAGAUGCACAUAUGGCCAGAAUGAUGAAGGAAUCAAUAAAGAAGGGAGACCAUUUGUAUGUAAACUCUGUGAAGAAUCAGUCAUUCAUUCCAGUAACCUUAUCAGCCAGGAAAAAAGUCAUAUUGGAGAGAAAAGGUACAUUUGUAGUCAGUGUGGCAAAACAUUUAGUUAUGCAAAAUGUUUUGAAAACCAUGAAGUAACUCACAGUAGAGAGAAGCCUUGUGCUUGUAAACAUUUUGGAAAAGCCUUCACACAAUACAGUUAUCAUAACAAUAAUGAAAGUAGUCAUGUUGGAAAGAAUCCCUAUGCAUGUAGACAUUGUGGGAAAGCCUUCACCAGUUCCUCUUACCGAAACAUUCAUGAAAGAAUUCACACUGGAGAAAGGCCUUAUGCUUGUAACUAUUGUGGAAAAGCUUUCACCAGUUCAGCUUAUUGUAAUAUUCAUGAAAGAAUUCACAGUGGAGAAAAGCCUUAUGUCUGUAAGCAUUGUGGAAAAGCCUUCAGUGACCUAAGUCGCCGUAGCAGACAUGAACGGAGUCACACUGGAGAGAACCCUUAUGCAUGUAAGUUUUGUGGGAAAGCCUUCAGUGACUCCAGUCGUCGUAACAGGCAUGAAAGGAUUCACACAGGAGAGAAGCCUUAUACAUGUAAGUAUUGUGGGAAAACUUUCACUAAUUUUAGUUCAUGCAAAGGUCAUGAAAGAGUUCACACUGGAGAGAAGCCUUAUGUGUGUAAGCAUUGUGGAAAAGCGUUUACCCGCUCCAAUCAACUGCAUGCUCAUGAAAGAGUUCACACUGGAGAGAAGCCUUAUGCAUGUAAACAUUGUGGAAAAACCUUCAAAACUUCUACUUGUCGAAACUUGCAUGAAAAAAUUCACACUGGAGAGAAAGACUUUGUCUGUAAAACAUGUGGGAAACUGUUCAUUCAGUCUAGUGAUCUUAACAAGCACGAAAGAGUUCACUCCAAAGACAAGCCCUAUGCAUGUACGCAUUGUGGAAAAUCCUUCAGUGACUCCAGUAGUCGUUACAGACAUGAAAGGCGUCACACGUGAGAAAAGCCUUAUGUGUGGAGCCUUGUUGAAAAACCAAUUUCAGUUUGUGUAAGACUUCUGAAAGACUCCAUACUUGAGAGAAGCCUCAUGAUGUGAGCAUUGUGGAAAAGCCUUCAUCCACUACAGUCAUCUGAACAUUCAUGAAAUGAUUUACACUAGAGACAAGCCUAACUCAUGGAAACAUUGUGGAAAAACCUUCAACACUUCUGCUUGGUCUAACUUGCAUGAAAGAAAUCACACUGGAGAGAAACCUCCUGUGUUUAAAACAUGAGGGUUCAUUUAGUCUAGUGAUUUUAAAAGCCAUGAAAGAGUUAACUCAAAAAACAAAAACAGGCCUUAUGCAUGUAAGAAUUGUCAAAAAGCCUUCAGCUGCUCUGGUCAUCUUACCAGACAUGAAAUGCUUCACACUAGUUGGUAGCCUAAUGCUGCUGGUUAGCACUGUGGAUAACCUUCACUAUUUCCACUUUGCCCAAAAGUAAUAAAAACAUUCACAUUGGAGAGAAACCCUCUGUUCAUAAACAUUUGGAAAACUAUUUCUUUGUUCUUACUUUAUCAAAUAUAAACUAUCUCACAUUGGUGAGGAACCUGACCAAUAUUAGCAGUGUGGGAAAGCCUUCACCACUUCCAGUUUCUGUAACCCUCAUGUAAGAAUUUAAACAGGAAAGAGGUCUAAUGCAUGUAUGCAUUCAAAUAUUGUUAAAAGCCUUCAUAAGUUUCUGUUUCCAUGAAGUUCUAAGAAUCUACCCUAGAGACAGAUCUUACGUGUAUAAUCACAUAAUCCUUUAGCAGCCGCACUUCUUAUUAUAUUCAUUUUCCCCCCAACUGGGGAAAACUUUUAUGUUUUUAACAAAUGUGGGGAAAAUGUUCACAAUUUUUAAAAACCCUAUCCUCUUAAACAAUCUGUUCCUGAAUUUCCAUGUUUCAGACCUAUGGUCAAACCCAAAAUGAUCUCACAGUGAAAGCUGCAAUGUGCAAACUUUGUGACAGUGCAUUGGUCAAAUUACUUCCUUUGUGAGAUAUGGAAGAAGAAUGUGAUUGGAACAUGAGAUGCCUCAGCUGGUAAUGGUUCUUGCCAGAAGAUGCGAUUAUCUCAAUUCCCUCAUUGGAUCUUGCAUGGUGGAAAUAGAUACUCAGUUCCUGAAAGUUGUCUCCUGAGAAUCAAAUGCAUGCUUCCUAAUGAACACAGAAAGAAAAAUACAAAUGAGUAAAGAAUGAUAUGUUCAUAGCAGUAGAGGCAUAACUGACAAAUACAGUGUUUUAAUGUGGAAAGAUACAGAUUGUGAGACCUGCAAAAGUGUAAUGUUAAUGCCCAAUAUUUUGCUAUACGUAGCAUGCAAACCACUUGCAUUAUGAACAGUACCUAUAUUUCGUUGUUUUUGGUUUUUGGUUCUGUUUUUAACUGUGGCUAUGGCAGUAGCUUUGAAAGCAGGUAUAGUACUGGUGUGCUUGGGAACUUUGUUCUCAUUGGUGGAACAGUUUGAGGACAAUUAGACAGUAUGGCCUGUGGUGAAUAUUUGUCACUCUCAGCGAGUUUGAGAUUUCAAGACAAGCCACUCCUAGUCUACUCCCUCUGCCUCCUGGUUGUAUAUUAUCAUGUGAGUCCUGACAUCAGGCCUUUACUCCUGAAGAGAUCCUGAUACUCUGCAGCGUCAAGCCCAUUGUAACAC